AUGAGUUGUGACUUACAUGAGAUGCUUAAUCUGUUAAUUGAUUAUGAGAAUCAAAUUGCUUCUGAGAAGAAGAAAGGAACUGUCAUGGUAGUUGGCAAGAGCUCCAAGAAGAAAGGCAAAGUACCAAAAAGGAAGCAUCUUGGACCUAAGGGUGGUAUGACCAAACCCAAGAACAAAAGGAACAAGAUUGACCAAACUGAUGCUGAAUGUUUCUUCUGUAAGGAGAAAGGUUACUGGAAGAGAAAUUGCAAGAAGUAUCUUGAUUCUUUGAAAAACAAGAAACAAGGGACUACAGAUAACUAG